AUGACACAUUCAAUCUCUUUAUCCUCUACUUUGCUUGUUAUAGUUCUUGUCUUUCUCCUGCCAUUAAUCCGAAGUGAUGAUUUGAUAAACAGAACUUGCAAGAAAACACCCUACUAUGAUCUCUGUGUCUCGUCUCUGCAAUCAAAUUCCCAAGCCUCCAGUGCAGAUGUUAAAGGUCUAGCUUCUACGAUGGCUAAUAUCACUCUGUCUAAUGCAACUCAUACACUAUACUACUCACAGGAGAUAAUAGACCAGAACACGAACCCUGAGCUAGAACGAGCCUUGACAUACUGCGCUGAAGUAUACAUCCCUAUUGUUGAUUACAUUCUUCCCCAAGCCAUUGAUGGUGUAAGAAAUGGUCACUUCGGAUUCUUUAAGUAUGGAAUAUUGGAUGCUGAAGAAAAAGUUCAGGCAUGUGACAAAAAAAUUCCAGAUUCAGUUAAAUUGCCCUUAACGGAAAUGAACAGAGUCAUGCAGAAUCUCUGCAAUGUAUCAGUAGCCCUCAUUAAGAUAUUGCUAAAGGGUUGA